ACAUGUUCAUUUAAAGUUAUAGUGAUGAUAAAAUUAUGAAGAUAUAUAUAAUUCAUAAUAAAUUUGUAACAUUCAAUCAAAGAAAAUGAAUGCUGUGAUUGCAUUAUGUAUUUUUUGUGAAUCACACGGGCCUAAAGUGAUAUUCACAACGCAAACGUAUCGUAAUUAUGACAAUCAAAGUACAGAGAAAUUUAAAUUUUAUGGAUCUAAAGAAAUAUUAAGACGUAGUCAAAGCAUGGUUGAAGAUGGACAAUAUGAAUGUGAAGGAUGUAAAAGUAUCGGUAAUAUGAAGUAUUUGAGUAACGAACAUGAAACUAGAACAUCAUUUUUGUCUUCCCAACAAUCAUUAACUCAAGAUGUCUGGUGUUUGUUAAAGCAUGCAUGUUUUAGGAGUUUAAGUUGCGAAGUACAUCCUGGGAGGGAAGGUGUUUGCUACUUUGGAGAUGAAUACAAGGGGCAUGUUUUAAGUCAUACCUUUACAUUAAAAGAUGCCCAGGCAAGAGGUUUCCGAAGAUGGUGCAGUUUCAUUGUUUUUAUGAGAGACAAACAGUUUCUCCUAAACAUGUGGCCUUUUUUGGUUGACAAUUUGAAGGAAGUAAUUAGGGAAUUACAAGACUUUGCAGAGAAAAAAUACAAUGCAGAGGAAGCAAAAUGCCCACAGAGAGUUGUCCGUCUCACAACUGUUAACAGUGGAUCAGGGUCAUAUAAUAGUUUAAAUAAACAACCAAGAAGUUUUCGUGAAAUAACAAACGAGAAUCAUGUUUUUAUAAGAAUCCACAUGUGGCUGGUAUGGAUUCUUAGUGCAGGAGCAAGACAUUUCAUAGAAAUUUUUCCCAUGAGCUUGUUAGAUGAUGAAUUAAAUUACAAUUUGGAGCAUCAGAUUGAAACUGAAGAAGGAUUUACUUUAGUGAAUGCUAAAUUACCUGUAAACUUAAAUUUAAAUUUGAACGAAUCAGAAACAAAUUCAGAGUUUUCAGAAGUCUCAGGAAAAUCUACAACAGUGAUACUCAGAGAAUUAAGAACUAUAUUAGGAAAGGACCAAUUUAGACAACUUUUAUAUUCUAGUUUAACGGGUGUUCAAAUUUUGGUAAGGGGUCCAAGUAUUCAAAGGUUGGAAUCUUUGUAUGGACUUUGUUCUCUAAUUCCACGUGCAUGUCAAAGAGUUAAGGUGCAAGCAUCAGAAUAUAUGGAUCCUAAUAAGUGUAACUUCAUUGGUGUGGAUACUUCAGUGGCUGUUCCUGUGCCAUGUGUAAAUGUAUGUAGAUUAGAUAUUAUAUCUGAUGAACAUAAAGUUGAAAACACAAAUUCGCACAUCGUUAGAUGGAUGGGUAUAUUACCAUUGAAACUUCCAACGUUAUUAACAAAGAUUGAAAAAUCACUUGAUAAUGAGAAACUUGGAAAUUCAACGCUGAAAGCACAUAUUGCAGCACUACAGGAAGAAUGGGCAAAUAUUGCAAAAGUCAUCCACGCCAUGCGAGGUCGAGGUCAUAGCGAAGACCUUUUAGGACUUAUGCUUAGCUUAGGUGCUGGUCCCCAUGAUAAAAAAUUGAUAGAUGCUUGGUCAAUGGGCUUACCACCAAAUCCGGCAUAAUUUUUUAAUUAACUGGCAAUAUAUCAUGUGUUGUAAAGUAUUGUGGGG